CUUGUGUGUACUUGGGUCAUUACCUAGCUCAGACCACUAUAUAUACCCUCUCAUGCCAACACCAAUUAAUAUCCCACCCUUCCCAACACAUAUAAUACAAUGACCACUCUACUUGUAUUCCUCCAACUUCUUUUCAUCAUCCCACUAGCACUUGGGUUAAACCACCCAAACUGUGACCUCACCAACACUCAAGACCAAGGCUCUACCCUAAGGAUCUUCCACAUAGACAGCCCUUGCUCACCCUUCAAAUCAUCAUCCCCUCUCUCAUGGGAAGCGCGUGUACUCAAGACUCUGGCCCAAGACCAGGCCCGUCUCCAGUACUUGACAAGCCUCGUCGCUGGGAGAUCUGUGGUUCCUGUCGCCUCAGGGCGUCAAAUGUUGCAGAGCACAACGUACAUUGUCAAGGCUAAGAUCGGUACUCCAGCUCAGACUCUACUCUUAGCUAUGGACACGAGCAGCGACGUGGCUUGGUUACCUUGCUCCGGCUGCGUUGGCUGUCCUUCAAACACCGCCUUUUCUCCGGCCAAGUCCACUACAUUCAAGAACGUCAGUUGCGGUGCUCCUCAGUGUAAGCAGGUACCCAACCCCACGUGCGGAUCACGCGCGUGCGCUUUCAACCUCACCUACGGAAGCUCCUCCAUCGCCGCUAACCUCUCUCAGGACACCAUCCGCCUCGCCGCCGAUCCGAUCAAUGCCUUCACCUUCGGUUGCGUCAACAAGGUCGCCGGCGGAGGAACCAUCCCUCCUCCACAAGGCUUAUUGGGCCUGGGACGAGGCCCAUUAUCACUCAUGUCGCAGGCUCAGUCACUUUACAAGUCCACGUUCUCCUACUGUUUACCGAGUUUCAGGUCUCUCGCAUUCUCUGGAUCGCUGAGACUCGGCCCCACCGCCCAGCCCGUGCGCGUGAAGUACACGCAACUCCUGAGAAACCCGAGGAGGUCUUCUUUGUAUUACGUCAACCUUGUUGCGAUCCGCGUCGCUAAGAAAGUCGUCGAUAUACCGCCGGCAGCUAUUGCUUUUAAUCCCACCACCGGUGCUGGAACCAUCUUUGAUUCCGGGACUGUCUACACGCGGCUGUCUAAGCCGGUUUACGAGGCGGUGAGGAACGAGUUCAGGAAGCGCGUGAAGCCACGUACCGCAGUAGUGACGUCACUGGGAGGUUUCGACACGUGUUACUCAGGGAAAAUCACGGUGCCGACAAUAACAUUCAUGUUCAAGGGAGUGAACAUGACGAUGCCAGCGGAUAACCUGAUGUUACACAGCAGCGCCGGGAGCCUGUCGUGUCUCGCCAUUGCGUCGUCGCCGGAAAACGUGGACUCUGUCGUCAACGUGAUCGCGAGCAUGCAGCAGCAGAACCAUCGUGUCCUGAUCGACGUUCCCAAUGGACGCUUAGGGUUGGCACGUGAACGAUGCUCUUAAGAAAGAUGAAUGAGACAAUAAUUAAUUAAGAGCGUACUAGUAGUGUUUUGAGCAGAGACUUGUUUGUUUGUGUGUUUUUGUGUGCUUUCGUUUUUGUCUUUCCUCUUUCUGUCUGCUUCACCACCUUCAUGUGUUUGUUAGAGGGCGGUGGUGUGUAGCACUUGUCUUAUCAAGUCAUUUGUAUGUGGUUUUAAGUUUUAACCUUUGUUAAAUUCUCUGGAGGCUCGGGUCAAAAUUAAUAGAAUAAACUAUUACCUAUA